AUGCUUUCCGCGGAAGACUUCUCCGACCAGGUGCUGCGGCUCCUGCCCCUGCUGCGCCGCUGGCGCCGCUGCGAGCACGCGCUGUGGGACCCACGCGCCCGUCGCCUGCAACUCUCCGUCGCCACCGCCCGCAACAGCGCCCGCUUCGACGUCCGUGUCGACCUCCACCCCCUGUAUGCGGUCCCGCAGCUGCUGCUGCGUUAUUGGGAGCCCGACCCCGCGGUCUCCGAGUACGAGGUCUGGAAGCUGCACUUCGUAGACCCGUACCAGCUGCCGUUGUGGCAGCCUGGCCGCUUCUCUAUAGCGCUGGACCAGGUCCCGGCAACGUCGGGCUCCGCUUACGAAACAUGGUAUGUCGUUAACUCAUGUGAUACAGAUGCAAAUGUCGGGCCCGAGACAGAUAACUACAUGCUACGCUGGUUCUCUCUUUACGGGCAGCUGCUCGAUGAGAAUCUGGGUUUCACGUUAGCAGCUGCGCUGGUGGCCCCCUGCACAGACCAAAAAAAAGCGUAG